CUACAAGUUUUUUUGGCGUUCUUCUGGUCAGUCCAGUUUUGUAAACUGGUUUGUCCCUCGCAUGGAGCUGAACGCCAUCCACGCUGUAGCCGUGUCGGGGAUGCCCGCCGCUGACGCAACCGUUGGAGAGGGGCCGACCGACGAGCAUACCGAGGCCCCGCUGGAGGCAGACACCGCUGAUGGGACGCUGCUGUGGGUUCCUCUACACUUAUUUUACCUCUCUCUCUGUCUCUCUCCUUAUGUACAGGUGAAUGGUCUACAUUUCUAUACUCUGAAUCGAGAGGUCGCCACUAUUUCAAUCCUUACUGAACUAGGUAUGUGGUGUGAUGACCCGCUGUCACUGAAGACGUUGCCAUGGAAAGCUCCAGCCAGUCACAAGAGGUGUACCGAAGACGUCAGACCAAUCUUCUGGGCCCAGAGACCCAAGAGCUACAUACACAGAUUGGGCUAACCUUGGUCGAUCUGUUGUUUGGUGAAGUAUAUACGAGCGGCGUUCGGAGAGCUGGCCGACUACCACUUGUUCUACCUGCGGACCCGCUGGAAACCGGAGCGACUGCGGGUCGUGUGGGGGGAGGAGCUGAACUGCCCGAGGACGUUGUUCCAUGUCUUUGAGUGUUACCUCACCGGCAACAGGAACAAGAACGGAGUCCAAGGUGACCAGUCUCCCGUGGAAUGACGACGAGCUCGCCAUGGAGACGUCUCUGCUGACUCAGCAGCUGGCGGCCAUCAACCGACGCGGAGUCCUCACGAUCAACAGCCAGCCUGCAGUCAACGGCCGCAGCUCCUCUGAUCCCGUGGUCGGCUGGGGGGAGAAAGGAGGCUUCGUCUAUCAAAAGGCAUAUCUGGAGUUCUUCUGUAGUCCGUCGUUCAUGAGAGCGCUAAUGACGGUCCUGGUGGACUAUCCUCAAGUCAACUACCACAUUGUCAACAGACAGGGAACGGAAAACAUGACAAACUGCGACUCCUACCAGCCAAUAGCCGUCACCUGGGGGGUUUUCCCUGGCAUGGAGAUCAUACAACCCACGGUCGUCGACCCCUGUCAGCUUCAUAUUUGAAGGACGAGACCUUCAUGUUGUGGGGGACCCACUGGGCCCAGUCUCUACAGCCCGAGUCCACCUCCAUCACAUCAUCUCACACAUCCAGAACACCUACUACCUCGUCAACCUCGUCGAUAAUGACUUGUCUCCGGAACGUCCUCUUUCAGGUUGGUUACCAAUAGUAGGGUGUGAGCUCUACCAUACCUGGUCUCUAUCCACUCCUCGAUCAUCCUCCUCUUCAUGAUUCCUAUUGUCUAGAAUUUUUAUUGCGCGUGCGCACAUAUUGUUUACAAAUCACGUGAUUCUUGCA